AUGGCUGGCCGGACUUUGCUGUUGGCUGCGCUGGCACCCGCGGCGUAUGCGUACUCGAAUACCCUCCCGGUUGUCUCUUGGUCGUCGGUCAGCACGAAGAUCCACGACGCAUUGCCAGCGGCGUUGACUGACUCUAUCCAUGUUCCCGCACUCUUGAAUGAUAUUCUCUCGCACCCGGAAGCAUGCGAGCAUGACGCGAUUCUGCUUGUGGACCAGCCAGGGGUCCACGCCUCAGACUUCCGCACCAUGGCGCGCGACUCGACUGUCGCAGAACACGUCGCGAACUCACGAUCGUCCUCUCAAUACCCUUACGUACCUGCACACGGCGCGUUCGACUUCCAUAGUCUUGCGGAGGCCGUAUCCUCGCAGUGCGACGCGCGCCUGCUGAAGGUGUCGCACCAGGAGGAGCCCACCUUCAUCGAGGGCGCGAAGCAUGUCAUUAGUAUGAUCCUUCCGGACGUUGACUCCCACCACGGAGGUCGCAAGGAGUGCAUGAAGGAGAGCGACGCAUCCUUCUCCACCAUGCUCGAGGCUAUCACUGCCAAGUUCCCCAAGCACCUUGUCAUCUACACGGGCUCUACCCCGUCCCAGCACCUGACGCGCCGCCAGUACGACAGCGCCGCGGACGAGGACCCGUACACGAAUCCCUUCGCUGAGCUUGGCGAGGAGGCGGCAAACGUCUCGCAGAAAGCCUUCGCGCCUCCCGAGGGCGGCAUCCUCAAGAAAUAUCAGCUCCUGACGCCGGGCCUGAUCACUAGUCUUCUGGUUGUGUUCUUCGUGUUGGUACCAGUGAUGAUGGCGGGUAUCAAGGCGCUGUCGAGUAUCCAGAGCCCCCUGCGUUUGGACGCGCCGAAGGGCUUCAACGCGCAGACGAAGAAGCAGCAGUAGAUGGGAGAGUUGGGGUUAUCAGUUAAUACGAUGUUCGACAGCUAAAAAGUGCAUGUCUUGUCUUGGUACAAAGCAUGCAUGCUUGAAAGCAAUCACAAUAGAACGACAAAGCUAGUCUCACAGUC